UCCGAGCCAAAACCGAGCAGUUGGAAAUCCAAGAGUCGAAGGUCAGCUCGGAGAUGGAGUCGAAAUCCAACAGUUUGCAGGUACUUCAGAAAUUGGUCGACGAAAAAAAGAACCACUUGCUUUCGCUUCAGUCCUUGAUUCGAGAACACAGCAAAGCGGUGAUUGUUCAAGAGAAGAGAUUGGUGGAGGUUGGGGGUUUUGUGAGGGAGAAGGAGAGGGAGUUCAAUUUGAUCGAGAGGCGCGUCGAACAAAGGACGAAAAAAUUGAAUUCGGUCGAGAGAAGUGUGGAGGACAUGGCGUUAAAAGAGAGGGAGUUGAGAAUGGAUCUAGGGUCGAUGGAGGCCCGUAAGGCGGAGUUCGAUUUGAGAGAAGAGGCAUUGAAAUCGGAGAAAAUGGCGAUUCAAGAAUGUGACAAGGAGUUGAAGGUGAAAGCGGAGAAACUUUGUUUGGAGGAGCAAGAUAUCUGCUUGCGCCGGAAGUCAAUGGUGGAGUGGUCAUGUAAGCUUGAAUUGAAAGAGAAGGAGAUUGAAUUGAAAGAAAAACAGGUCAAAGAAUCAAGAAAAGAAGGCGAAAAGCAUUUGGAUACACUCUCUCGGGGACUUCAAGCGAAAGAGAACAAACUUCGAUACCAGGACAGAGAGAUUGAAUUGAAGCGAAGAGAAUUGAUUUCGAUCAAAAGAUCAACUGAAGAACAUACCCAAAACCUGAAAUUGGAGGAGAGGCGACUUGAAAACCAGGCCAAAGAGCUUGAAUUGAAGCAGAAGGAAUUGGAUUCGAUCAAAAAAUCCACUGAAGAGCGCACUCAAUACCUGAAAUCGAAAGAGAGGCGACUUGAAGAUCAGGCCAAAGAGCUUGAGUUGAAGCAAAACAAAUUUUAUUCGAUCAGAAAAUCCACCGAAGAAUAUAACCAGAAACUGAAAUCGAAAGAGAGGCAACUUGAAGGCCAGAUCAAAGAGCUUGAAUUGAAGCAGAAAGAAUUUGAUUGGAUUAGAAAAGAAAACACUGAAAAUCUGGAAUCGAAAGAGAGACAACUUGAAGAGCAGUCCAAAGAGCUUAAAUUGAAGCAGCAAAAAAUUGAGACGAUCGAAAAAUCCAUUGAAGAACAGGCCCUAAAUCUGAAAUUGAAAGAGAGGCAACUUGAAGAGCAGGCCAACGAGCUUGGAUUGAAGCGGAAAGAAUUUGAUUCGAUCAAAAAAUCCACCGAAGAACACCUGGAAAACCUGAACUCGAAAGAGAACACUGGCGUUCUUCAUUGUCAAGUGAAGAUUGAACAAUUGGAACAUCUCUCUGUCAACAAUGCCAUUGUUCCUUCUUCUGCAAGUAAUCAAUGGAGCAUCGAUAGGGAUGUUAGAGGAUUGCAGUUGAAUGAUCAUUUGAAGAGAUACGAUUUAGUGGGUAGUGACAUCUCAGCCAUUCUUCAUGCGUCAUCGGACCCAGCACAAUUUGUUUUGGAUGCAUUGCAAGGGUUUUACCCUUCAAAAUCGAAUGUGGACAACUGCGAGUCUGGUUGUGAUUUGACUGUGAUUAGGAGGAGUUGUAUUCAUUUGUUAGAGAAUUUGAAGAGCAUCUCACCACAUAUUAGCCCUCAGGUGAGAGAAGAAGCAAUUAAGUUGGCUGGUGAGUGGAAGGCGAGAGCGGCAAAGGGGGCAGAGAAUUGCUUGGAGGUUUUGGGUUUUAUGAGGCUCAUUACUGCAUACGAAAUCACCUCUGCUUAUGAUACAAAGGAGCUUCAAAGUCUUAUCCCUGAUUUGAUUCAAAGGCUUAUCGAAGAGAAGCUAUUCAUUGAAGCUGUUAGAUGGAUUUGUAUGUUCGAGUUAACUGACAAGUUCCCCCCAGUACUGCUAUUGGAAGAAUUUGUGGAGAAUACGAAGAGGUUUUGCAGGAAAGUUGGCAAGAGAAAGAAAUCACUCGACGAAAAGGAUAAGGUUAUCAAUGACCAGAUAGCUGAUCUUAGAGCAGUGAUUGAAUGCAUCAAAGAUUGCGACCUAGAGGCCAUGUACCCUUCCAGGUGUAUCGAAUUGCGAAUAGCUUCACUGGAAAAUCUAAAAGAGAAUCGGAGACGUGUAGCACUAUCCAAGGUUGACGAAGACACCAAAAAUCUGAAAUCGAAAGAGAGCCAGAUUGAAGACAAGGCCAGAGAUCUUAAAUCGAAGCAGAAAGAAUUUAAUUUGAUGAAAAAAUCGCUUGAAGAACAAGCUCAAAAGCUGAAAUCAAAAGAGAGGCAACUUGAAUUUCAAGCCAAAGAGCUUGAAUUGAAGCGGAAAGAGUUUGAUUCGAACAAAAAAUCUACUGAGGAACACAUCAAAAACCUGCAAUCAAAGGAGAAUUACAGUAUUCCUCAUUCUCAAGUGAAGAUGCAGAAAUUAGAUUGUAUCCCUGCCAACAAUGUCGUUGUUCCUUCUUUUGCAAGUAAUCAACCCAGCAUCAAUUGGGAUGGUAGAGGUCAGAAACGAAGCACCCCUACUUAUGACCCGGGGUUUCAACAGCAACAACAGCGCGAAAAUAAGUAUCCUCGGACAUCCGAAUCAGCCGUUCCACCCUAUCCAGUGCAAAAUUUUAACCCAGGCUUUCCGCAGCCAAGGCCGCCGUCAUCUUGGCAGCACCAUGGGCAGUUUGGUAUGGCUACCGACAACCGUGAAAUUGGUGCUUAUUCCGGUGCCGGUUUUGGUGCCAUACCGACUCCCGGAGUACAUUACUCGCAGCCAUACCGGCCCACCCCUGCAGAUUACGUAUUGCCAUUCUUUUGUCCCCCCAAUUUUUUUAGUAACACAGACUUUAGUAGGUUGCAAGCCUGAUUUCUUC